AUGACCAGAAACAUCCAGGCUACGAAUAUGCCCCGACGGACAAAGCGUGUCGCCCUGCUGAUCAACAACAUGCAUUUCUACGAUCCGGCAUUAACCAGACACGGGGCUGACAAAGAUGAGCAGGCCGUGGUCAACCUGCUCCACACUCUGGGAUACGAGGUGGACAGACAUCGGAACCUACCUGCACAGAAAAUGGACGAAGCUCUGAAAUGGUUUAGCAGACGUCCGACGCUGCCCCUCACAGACAGCGUGUUUGUUGUUGUCAUGUCCCACGGAGGCAUGGGAACCAUCUGUGGAACGGGCAAUCACAGGAUGGAAGUUGACCGAAUUUAUGAGCGCUUAAACUCUAGAAACUGUCCCGCGCUGAAGGACAAACCGAAGAUCGUCAUCAUUCAGGCGUCCAGAGGAGUGCUCGUACCUGGAAGACUGGCUGUGCCCACAGAUAAGACGAGAGCUCAAUCAGUAAAUCAAGCUGCUCCGCUGCACGCAGAAAAGGAUUUCAUCACUCUUUAUUGCAGCGCGCCUCACAUGGCUGCAUACCAACACCCGGCGUACGGCUCCUUCUUCAUCCAAAGUAUCGCUGAGGUGUUCAGCAGUCGGUGCGUCCAGGAUCCCAUCGAUGAACUCUUCAAAAAGGUCAUGCAGCGCUUCCGUGUGUCGGGCAUGCAGCAGCUGAUGCCGAGCGUGAAAUUACACACCCUGACGAAGCCCUUCUACCUGCUUCCAGGAAACGUGCAGGUGCCUACACGACCUGUGGAUCGACGUGGGAGACCGGACGCUCUCAGGUAG